AUGUCGGACCUUGAAUCUCUCCCCGAGUCGCCAACGCGCGACGACCACGCCGACAACGAAGAGCCUCGUGAGGGUGCGGGUGGCGCGACCGCCGAAGAUCUUUCCGACCAGGAAUCGGAUAACCUUUCGGAAAUCGACGAAGACCAGUUUGAGGACUACGACCCUGCCACGGCCAACAUUGAAGAUCGCCCUAUAACUGUCGAUGAAGACGUCGCUAAGACGCUCAAGGCUGGAAAGCGAAAGGUAGCCGAUGGAGACAAGCCAAGGAAACCAAAGGAGGGCCGAAGAGACAAGAAACGGUCACGCGACGAUGACGCGGCUGGCGAUGCGGAUGGCGAAGCUGGCAGACCGGCUCGGAAGUCGAGACGCGCUGUUGCGGACGGCGAGAGGAAGCCGCGAUCCAAGGCUGCCUCACCGGAGAUUGAUGAUGAAUCCCACCUGUCCCCUGAGGAGCGCAGACGCCGGGCAAUCGAUCGAGCUCUGGACGCCGCGAUGAAGGGACCUACUAAGCGCAAGAAGAAGAAGGACGAGAUCGAUCUGGAAGAUGAAAUGGACGAGCAGAUAGCUGAUCUGAAGGUCGCGAUGGAGAGAGCAUGCGAGGCCGACAAUUCGGCGCGCGAGGCGGGCCAACCCGCCGUUCACAAGUUGAAGCUCCUACCCCAGGUGAAGGACUUCCUCAACCGCAACAAUGUUCAGCAUGCCAUUCUCGACCCUGACACGAACUUUCUGCAACACGUCAAGUUCUUCCUGGAGCCCCUCAACGACGGUUCUCUUCCAGCAUACAACAUCCAGAGAGAGAUCUUCCAGGCCCUCAUCCGUCUGCCCAUCGAAAAGGAGGUGCUACUCAGCAGCGGCAUCGGAAAAGUUGUCUAUUUCUACACCCGCUCGAAGAAGCCUGAGCCUGGCAUCAAGCGUAUGGCCGAGCGGCUGUUGGGUGAUUGGAGUCGACCGAUUCUGAAGCGAACGGACGACUACAAGAAGCGCCACAUCGAGACGCGUGAGUUCGACUACGAGGCACUCAAGAUGUCUCAGCGCCAGGCAGGCAGCUCGCAGUUCAACCUUCCCCAGCGGCCUUCGCAGUCAGCCAGGGAAGCAGAACGUGAGGCCAUGCUCGCGCCGGUCGUUACCUCUAACCGCGCUCGUCCUGGUGGCCUCCCUUCGAGCUACACAAUCGCACCAAAGAGCACGUACGACGUGUCUCGUGCGCCGGAUCACCGCCCUAUUGGAGCAGGCGGCCUGGAGGCAUUCCGCAAGAUGACAGCGAAGGGCAAGAAGCGAUGA